GAGACACACCAAGGGAAAUAGUUGGGAGAGAAACAUCCACCCUUGGUUUGACAUGCAAAACUCCUUAAACCGAACGUGUUAGGAUAGUCCGGUUGUAUGGACCUGCAAGCAGUAAUUCGUGAUAGGGUGCACCAAAUGAACAAUUUAGAUCUCAUGAUGCAAGUGGACCUAGUCAAACUCAAAAGAAAACAAAAGCAGAACAACGUAUCAUGACUAACAUUUGCUUCAUUUACAGUGUCAUCCAGAGGCGAGUGAAAUAGAAAUAGAAGAGAAGGCCAUGGAAGUAGAUCUAUCUCCCAAAUCACCUCAAAAGUACUAUGGUAGUGAUGGUGGAUCCUAUUACGUCUGGCUAAGUUCGGAUCUCCCCAUGCUCAGCGAGGCCAAAGUUGGCGCUGGAAAGCUUAUUUUAGAACCACGUGGUCUAGCUCUGCCCCACUAUGCUGAUUCGGCUAAGAUUGGCUUCGUCUUGCAAGGUACUGCGACAGUUGGCAUUGUGUCGCCGGAAGGUCCAAAAGAAAAGGUGGUGAAACUUAAGCAAGGCGACGCGAUACCACUGAAUCUUGGAGUGGUGUCAUGGUGGUACAACGAUGGAGACUCUGAAUUCGUCAUCGUAUUCUUGGGUGAAACUAAAAAGGCUUACACUGCAGGCGUGUUUACUUACUUCUUUCUAACAGGAACAAACAACAUCUUCAACGGUUUCUCGAAUGAGUUUCUCAGUAAGACUUGGGAUUUAGAUGAAGAAAGUGUGAACAAGCUCAUGAAAAGCCAAACUGGCCAAAUAAUUGUCAAGAUUAAGGAAAGGAUGCACAUCCCAAAACCUUGUGACAAGGACGCUCAAGGGAUUGUUUUUAACUUCAAUACCGCACCGUACGAUGUGGAUGUUAAGAACGGCGGGCGGGCCGUCUCACUGACCUGUUCAAAUUUGCCUUUGUUGGGUGAGAUUGGGCUGAGCGCCAACCUUGUGAAGCUUGAUGCUGAUGCAGCAUGCUCAGUAGGGUAUUUGCCCGAUUCUGCAGUUCAGAUGAUCUACAUUGUUAGUGGGAGUGGGCGUGUUGAGAUCACUGGAAUCAAUGGUGCUCGCGCUUUGGAAGCGAAGGCCACAGCGGGCAGCUUGUUCGUUGUGCCGAGGUUCUUUGGGGUAUCAAAGAUUGCAGAUGGUGAAGGGUUGGAAUGGUUUUCUGUCAUCACUAGUCCACUGCCUGUGUUCAGCCAUUUUGGUGGGAAGACAUCACUGCUCAGAGCUCUAUCACCAUCACUUUUGGAAGCAGCUUUCAAUGUAGAUCCUCAUCUUGUGAAGCUUUUGAGGUCUGAUGGGAGUAAUAAUGUCAUUUUCGUCCCUCCACGCCAAACUAACCUCAUCUAGCUUGCUAAUCCUUUCUUAUGCUUUUAUGUGUGUGUG